GUCAGAUUUUAACUGAUUAAAAUCAAUAUUCGUUCAGCUCUAUUUCUUCUUUUCCUGCUGCCCUAAAUCAGAACGUUUCGACCCGUGAAGGAGCUGUGAACUGUUUUCCCACACAAACUGUGACCAAAAAAUCUGAUUGAAGUUAACAAAAACAUGUCGAGAGCACUUUUUGCCUUCAAAAGGCUCCUUUCCGCCGGCGGAUCCACUACCGCCAUCCGAUCUGUGACAACACUAUUACCUGGCGAUGGUGUCAUGCCACUUGUAACCGGUUUGUUGGAUAAAUGGUGUAACGAGUCUGGAAAAACAUAUGCUUCCGAGCAAGAAAAGCAACAGCGCUUUCGGGAUCCAUUAAAACGCAAAUAUUCGUUUGUUGUUGGUCUGAAUCACUAUGAUGACGACAAUGACGAUGAUGAAAAUAUAUAUUAUUUCACAUUUCAUUUCGAACAAAAGAAAUUGGCUUCGCAACAAGUGGUCUGCUGUUACUCAUUCCGUGAAUGGAAGGAACUUUUCCAGAAGUUUAUUGACACAAACACACUGGUGGUUGUGGAGUUUGGUGUUUCAUGGCUGAAGCCUAUUCAGGCCGAGAUAGCCAAGAAGACACCCAAUGUUAUAUUCUUGAAGGUGGACGCUGAUGAGCUUAGUAGGGUUGCUAAGGAGUACAAAAUCAACACGCUGCCCUCCUUUGUGUUCUUCAAAGAGGGGAAGGAGAUUGACCGGGUUGUGAUUAGUAAGGAAGAUCUUGCAGCUAAAAUCACCCUACAUGGUGGUGUUGCUUCCACUGCUUUUGCUUGAUCAUCAUCAUCAUCAUCAUCAUCAUCAUCAUCGCCACCAUAUACUAUGUAGUUGUGGUGAGUGUGUAUACGAUUUAACUCUUGUCAUCGACGUAAUUUGAAUCGUUAUGUUAUGUAACGGAUAUUCUAAUCUUAGACACUUUCUAUCUAUCUCUUAUCAUUAUGUUUUAGUAUUA